ACAGUCAACCACAUGGCACCAGCCUAGAGCUGUCUUAUAAGGAGAAGACGAGGAAGGAGAUUCUCUGCAUAGUGUUAACCUGAAUCAACUGAAAAUGGAGGAAGGAGAUUCUCUGCAUAGCGUUAACCUGAAUCAACUCAAAAUGGAGGAAGGAGAUUCUCUGCAUAGCGUUAACCUGAAUCAACUCAAAAUGGAGGAAGGAGAUUCUCUGCAUAGCGUUAACCUGAAUCGACUCAAAAUGGAGGAAGGAGAUUCUCUGCAUAGCGUUAACCUGAAUCGACUCAAAAUGGAGGAAGGAGAUUCUCUGCAUAGUGUUAACCUGAAUCAACUCAAAAUGGAGGAAGGAGAUUCUCUGCAUAGCGUUAACCUGAAUCAACUCAAAAUGGAGGAAGGAGAUUCUCUGCAUAGCGUUAACCUGAAUCAACUCAAAAUGGAGGAAGGAGAUUCUCUGCAUAGUGUUAACCUGAAUCAACUCAAAAUGUCCGCUGCUGUUUCUUUACCCAUCUUGAGACUCCACAGACUGACAAAGGAUCAAUUGUCUCUCUGUGCUCCUAGACUUAAUCAGAACAACCAGAAGAAAAACUCCACCACCAGCAGAGGAAAGAAACAAUCCACAGGAAAAGGAAACGACUCUGCUGACAGCAAAAGUGUUUCUAGUCAGGAAUCACUAGUGCCUAGACAUCAGCACUGCCCGAAGGGAAGCAAAAAUAAACCCAAGAUAAUUCUCAAACUCUCCAGCACCAUCUUGAGGCCUGACGCAGCAAAACAAGAGGUGAAACAAGAGAUGGAUGAGCUGCCUAUCGAAAUGAGAAGUGAUGAACACUGGUUGAACUCUGUGAAGCCAGAGAGCUACGACCCAGAGAUGGGUAACACCAGGGGACCUACAGAGAGCGACCCCAGGACAGAUGCACAUCAUUUGGGUAUCAAGAUGAAGGAUGUCCCCCUGUACCACCAGGAUGAUGGGAGGCAGCUGCAGUCGUCUACUGUUCAGCCAUUCAAUCUGGCUGCGUUACGAUCUGACCUGGAAUGUUGGCCUCAUAACCAGAAGGUCCCCAGGUUCCCGUGUCCGGACUGCGGCCAGAAGUUCUUCUCCAAAAUUCAGUUUAAGUUACAUUCCCGGAGCCACACACAGUACCGGCCGUACUCCUGUGAGGUGUGCCAUAAAACGUUCUCCCGGAAAGGCAGUCUAGACGAGCACCGACCAAUCCACGAGGUGGAGCGCCCCUUCGCCUGCCUCCAAUGCGGCAGAACCUUCACGUUCAAAUCCAACCUGACCCGCCACAUGCGGUUCCACAGCGACGCGCGGCCCUACGUCUGCCCGCAGUGUGGCCAAAGCUUCAAAAUCUCCGACCACCUGAAGAGCCACAUGACGGCCCACAGCGGAAAUAAACCGUACGUAUGCCCGGAGUGCAGCCAGAGUUUUGUCCGUUACAUUAGUCUGAAGUAUCACCGGCUGAGCCACACCGGCGAGCGCCCGCUGUCCUGCCCAGAGUGUCCCAUGACCUUUGCUCGGCCGCACACCCUUAUGAUCCACCGGCGACAACACAGCAGGAAAACACUGUUCUCUUGCCAGGACUGUGGGAAGCAGUUCAAACAGGGGUACCAAUUGAAAGACCACGUUACAAUCAAACACACAGGGGAGAAACCAUACAAAUGCUCCGAGUGUGACAAGUGCUUCAUCACCCCGGCGUCUCGUAAAGUACACAUGGUUGUCCACACAGGAGAGAAGCCGUACAAAUGCACAGAGUGCUGUAGGAGAUACAGUCAGAGUGGGCAUCUAGCGCAGCACAUGAGGAGACACACAGGGGAGAAACCAUACAAAUGCUCCGAGUGCGACAAGUGCUUCAUCACUUCGGCGUCCCGUAAAGUACACAUGGUUGUCCACACAGGAGAGAAGCCGUACAAAUGCACGGAGUGCUGUAGGAGCUACAGUCAGAGUGGGUCCCUGAAGAGGCACAGGUGUGAGCAGCAAACCAGCUGAUGCAGGUACCGUUGGGCGUUGUCUCGGAGAGGGGAGGGGCUCUGAACGGCGGCAGGCCCUGGGACGUUUUCCCGGUAAUGGUGAA